AUGAUAAAAAUAACUUAGUUUGAUAAAAUUUAAGAUGAACUAAAUUAAAAUAAACAAGAUAAAGAAUCCUUAUUAGAGUAAAUUAAAUAAAACGAAACGACUAUUUAAUUAAAUGAAUAAAUGAUAAUUGACUUUAAGAAACAUGAUGAAGAAUAAAUUAAGAUUAUUUAAGAUCUAAAGAAUGAAAAGCAAGAAUUGUCAAUUAAACUAAAAGAAUUUGAGUAAUAAAGUAAAACUACAUUGUAUUUAAUUUCUUAUAGAAAUAUCAUUUGAAGUUAAACUUUAAGAAAAGAAGGAGACUUAGAAAGAUGCUAACAAUCAAUUCAAAAGAAUGAAGAAAUUGUUAAAUCAUUAUAACAAACUUUGGUAUAAUUAAUAUCUUUAUUAGAAGUAAGAUUGCUAAUUAUCAAAAUAUCUAACUUUCUCAACAACUUAUAAGCAUAAUACUUGUUCAGUAACUUAGAAUGGAAAAGUUAUUGAGAAUAAUUCAGGUUUUUGGUAUUGUUGUAUGUGUGAUUAAAUGAUUCCUAAGAAUGGAAAGAUCUAAUUUGCUUUUAAAAUCAUUGAAUUAUCUUAUCUUAUGAUUGGAAUUGGUUUUAGGGAUAUUGUGUAGAGUAAGAAUUAUGAUCAUUGUUAUAGUAUUGAUGGAGGGUAUGUGUUAUGAUAUUAAUAGUUCAACAUAGAACAUAUAAUAUUUAUUCUGAAGGUUAUUGUUAUAAUCAUGAUUAAUAAGAUAAAAAUGGGAAAUAAAUAACAUUUCCAUUUUCAAGAAAUGAUAUCAUAAUUGUUGAAGUGGAUAUGGAAAAGAAGUAUGUGAAAUGGACAAAGUAAUCUACAAAUGAAUCAUUUGUAUCAACUUCAAUUUAUUCUUUUUAGACUCUCACCAUUGAUACAUCCAAAGAUUUGUAUCCAUGUGUACAUCUACGUGAUAAAUGCAAGGUAGAGAUAUUAAAUCAAGUAUUUAAAUGA